GUGUUAUCAUAAGAUACAGGUGUUGCUAAAAAUAAUCCCAACCCUAAUAUAUCAGCUUACUUCUAGGAGCCUUGUCUUCCAAGACUUGGAAUUGCUUAGUUUAAAGCUGCAAACGAUGUCAACCCCAACCACUCCAAUGGCUGCGCUGAUAACCCCAGCACCCAGGCAUAAAAUCGGAGCGAGAGAUGAUGGCCCUCUCCUUGGUUACUUUAUAGCUGGAUCGUCAACACAAACACUCUCUUGUGGUAACGGCAACCUCUUCACUACUUCAAGCGCCUAUGGUGGCUGCUAUGGAACCGAUUAUGUUGCUUCAACAAGCACAUUGGACUACGGCUGCACCCAGGCGACGACUCGGAAUGGUGUUCAAAGUGGAGGUGUCGUAACAUGUGUGCCAGGCAGUGUGUUCUGGACUUGCAUUACCCAAACGAUCUUCGCAACGUUCCCAAACAUCUCGCCAGUCACGAAUUACUUUUGUGGAGGAAGUUAUUCGGCCUUGACUAUUUAUCGUGACUUUCCAUCUACUUUGAGCUCAACAUUGACCUCAAGCUCCUCGCAGUCCUCGAGCUCCACCUUCACAAGCCCCUUCUCUACAACCCCGACAGCACCAUCCCCCACACAGUCAACUGAACCACCUCAUCAGUCACCAAGCAGCGUGGCUUGGAUCUCCGGCCCUGUCAUCGGCGCCGUCGCCUUGAUAGCCUUUGUCUCCUUUGCUAUAUGGUACAUUCGCAACCAACGACGAAAACGUAGCACUUUGCAGGAAUACCGACUAUCAUACAUUACACAGCAGGAGGAACAAAAGCAUAUGAUGGGCAUGGUAGGAUCUAGUUCCGCGAGAAAUGAGUUGCCGUGAAGUCUCCGCUUCGUAAAAUAAAAAGAGUUAAUAGGUCUUAUAUAUCAGCUUAUCUUUCUUAUAAUAGCUUUACUUAUAUAGCAAUUACCCGGCUUUAGAUUAAUAAAAUAUCUCCUUUUUAU